AGAAAGAAGAAGCAGAGAUGCCUACAAAACUAGCGCCUGCGCUUCUGGAAUUAAUUUAAAUUUAUCGCUCCGGGAAAAUAACUUCCAGCUCCACUUUAGUCCGAUAUGAAUGCACCGGGCAUGAGCCUUUUCCAAGGCGCGGACACACUUAACGUAAACUCCACUCUGGAUCGACAGGAGGAGGAGGAAGCGCUGCAAGAUGAAAAGAGACGCGGAGAAGAGAUCGGGAAUCUACUCCAGGGCGCCUUUUUAGAUCUAGAAGAUGACAACACGAUCGAUUCGACGACAAAUUACCAGUCGGAUGAGCAUUUGGCUAUUGCGCCCAAUUACCAACCACUUCCGUCCCAGAAUCCAUUGACAGAGGAUCCUCAGCAGGCGAAAGAGAUCCAUCGCCUCAAGAUGAUGCUAGACUCCAAGAGCCAUGAACUGAAGAACAUUAACCAAGUCGCCAAUGCCGCACACAAGCAACUGGAUGAUUUUAAGAAACACCUCUCCAUUACGCAGGCCGAGUUGGACCGUGCUUUGCGCGAAAAGCAGGAUACACACGAACUUUUGGUGGAGGCAAAGGAGAUUUGCUCCAACAAGGACAGCGAUCUGGCGAAGCUACGCUCAGAGAAGAAGCAGUUGGAGGAUGAAAACACUCGGCUUGUUGGCCAGCUGGAGAUCACCAAGACUCUAGCAUCGGACGCCAAGCGCCAGUAUGACAUGGUACAGGGGGAUAAGCACAAGCGAGAAGAGCGCAGCGCUGAAUUGCGUGUCAAGCAAAUUGAGGAUACCCAUCGAGCUCAGUGUGAUUUAUUCCAACAGCAACUCAGCCAGUUAAAGGAUCAGUUAAGUCGCAAGGAGAACGAUCUGGAGCAGAUGACCUAUCGCUACAAAGCUUUACAGACCGCCCAUGAAACCGUGCUUCUGGACAAGGCCACCAAGAUUAACGAGCUAAAUCAAGCUUUGGACGUGGCACAAAAGCGCUGCGACCAAAUAAGCAACAAGCCCGACUUGCAGGAAGAAAAUCACCGGCAAAAGCAGUGCAUAAGUGAUUUAAAAGAACGCAUUGCCUCUCUGGAAAAAACAGUUAAUUCGCUUAAUGAACGUCUAACCGAAACCACAGCCGAGCUUGACCACAUGGACACGCUUAUUCAACAGCAUCAAGCUGAUGAAUCGCCUACUGGAAGACUAAGUCAAGUUGGUGUGUCCCGCCUUGUCGGUAGCACACCGCUAAAUCCUUUAGAUAGGGUUAGCAACAUUAAGAAAGAGCUUUAUCGGGCACUGGCCAAUCUAAAAAGCAAGCGCGAGGAGGUGCGGCGCCUAGAAAAGAAUUUGGAAGAGCGCAACCAGGAACUGCGCGUGCUGCUGGAUCAAGAGAACCAAUCUUUGGUCCAACUAGAAACCCUAAAAGAAGGCAAAAUGCGCCUCGAAAACAAAGUGAAAUCCAUGCAGCAGGAGCUGGAAGAGCAACAGUACAAGUCGCAGCAGGAGUCUAACCUGCAGGUACAAUUAGAUGCAGUUAAAAACGAAAGGGAUUCACUGAAAGAAAACAGUCAGCACAUCGAGGAAGAACUCAGGACUGCGAAGAAGGAUCUGGAAGAACUAAGGCAAGAGCACAAUAAUCUUCAACAAAACUGCGAGCAACUCACGCAGGAUAACCGCCAGUUACGGAGCAGAGCAACAGCAGACACUAUGCGUUUGGACCUUGAACGUCACAAAAUUCUUUUAAAAGAUGCCAAUAGCGAGGUGGAGCGGGUUAAGAAACUAUACUCUGAUAUCGCCACAGACAAGGAGUCAUUGGAUUAUGAACUAAGAAAACUAAGAGACUCAGACACGCUUAAGGAGUUGCAAGAACACCGGCAACGUUUGGCCACUGUCCAGCGAAAUUUACAGCUGGCGGAGCUUAAAUCCCAAGAGCUACAAAAGCUCCUGGAGUCAGAGAAACUCGACCACGAGCGUGAUCUUCAGACCCUGCGCCAAAAGAGCGAGCGAGAUAAGCGUGAAGGGGGCACUACAGCUGCCAAGGAAAACGCCAAUAACUGCAGCAAGUGCAUGGAGAACCUAGCAGAGAUUACCAAGUCGGAAAUUCAGAUGUUAAAGCUUCAAAACGUAAACUCUAUGCAGGAAAAGGAGAUCAAAAAAUUGGAAUAUGAGCUGGAGCAGUCAAAGGAGUUACAGGCCGAGAUGCAAGAAAAGAUCGAGCUUUCAAACAAGCAGGACGAUCUUAUUAACGACCUUAAGGAGAAGGCGAAGCAAUUUGAAAUGUACAUUAGACAACAGGAAGAAUAUCAAAAGCGUCAAAAGCAGGUUAAAUCUACUCUUAGUCCAAAAUCAAAUUCAGAUACGUCCCCAAGCCAGUCUCCAAAAGAGCUUACCCAGAAACGGAUUAGGGUGAUCGAACAACGGGUCCGCGAUGAAAUGGCCAAACUUUUUGCGACCGAAAUCAAAAAGUUUAAUUCCCGGGUACAACAUAACGAAGAGCGAUGCCAGUGCUUGCAAAGAGAAUAUAAUGCAGUGUGUGUAGAGCUGCAACAACGGCAAACAGAGGUAGAUCUUCUGAAGCAAACCAUCCUGGCUGAACGCGAAAAUAUCGAUGAAAUUCUGUCCGGCAAAGAAGAACAACAGAAGGCAAUGCUUCAGAAGUGCCGUCAGGAGUUGCAAGCUAAGAACCAGCGAAUCGCCGAAUUAAUUCAGGAAGUAGAGGAGCAGCACUCCAGCAUCGAUUCUGAAAGGCAGUCUAUGAAGGCUGUUAUGGCACAGUGGGAGAAACAACGUCAAUCCGUAGACCAGGUGGAGCAGCACUGGCGCCAGCAGCUGGACUCGUUGCGCACCACACACGAGGAGGCGAUGCGAUCUGCCCAGCAGCGUUACCAAAGUGCUAAGCGUACCGCGCACAACUACAAAUUGUAUGCCGAGGACAAAGAAGCACAUAUGAAACGCGAAUAUGAACGCAUUAAGCAUGAGUACGAGCUGUCGCUGGCCAAGAUCGAAGCAACUAUGAACCAGCGCCUGGAGCGGCGCAGUCGCGAAAGGAACCGUGGCAAGGAGAACGUGCCGAGCAAUGGUAGCAGUAACGCGACGAACAAUUCAAAUAAUAAAUCCAAAAGCAAUGGCCACAUCAAUAGCUAGGGGAAAUAGGUCUAUUUGUUUUAUUAGUCAAUUAUCGUUAUUGCCAAAUUGUUCAAUAAUUAUACGUUUCUAUACAUUCCAAAAUAUUUAUUGUUUAAUAUGACUAUAUACACAAAACUUUUAAAUGUUUCCCUAUUAGAAAAACAUAUGAAAUUAUAAAUGAAAUGCUAUAGUUCAAA